GAGAGAGAGAGAGACAGAGAGAGAGAGAGAGAGAGAGAGAGAGGGAGAGGGAGAGAGAGAGAGAGAGAGAGAGAGAGUCUGGGGGUGCGGUGGUAACGUCCUGCCUCCUCGCCUCUAUGCUGCAGCAGAACGAGCUUUGCGCACACACGGAGCUUUGCGCAUCUGGUCGUCAUCAUCAUCACCAUCAUCAUCAUCAUCGUCCGCAGCAGCAGCAGCUCGUCCUGCUCAGAUGUGACUGAAGCACAGAGGGAACAGAGCUCUUCUGCUUCUUCUUCUUCUUCUUCUUCUUCUUCUUGGGGACCAGCUCGUGUGGAAGUCUCGCCGCCGGAGGACCCUUCUCUUCCCGGAGACCUUGUCGCCGUGUGACGCGCUGCGCUCCAUGGAUUGGCUGUAGGGUUUGUUCGGGAGAAGCGGGCGAGGAGAAAGAAAAACUUUGCAACAGAAGUUUGUUUGCGCUGCUGCCCCCCCCCCCCCCAGAACCACACCUCCACCACCGCGGGGCUGAUCUGGAUCCUAACAAGAUCCACUUUGUGCUCGCGAGAGGACCCGGCUCCGGCUCCGGCUCCGGCGGGUUUGUGGACGCGCUGCUGCUGCAUGCACGGAUCUACCGGUUCUCCGACUCUCGGCGCCCCCCCUCCCUCCCCACCCCCUCCCCAGCUGUUCCCCACAGUCUUUUUGCGUCAUGACUUCUAGCUAUGCACACGUAAUGGACCGGCAGGCGACGAUAUCGAACCGCCUGGAGAGCCCGAUCACGUCGAACCUGGACAACCUGCAGGCCAAAAAGAACUUCUCGGUCAGCCACCUGCUGGACCUGGAGGAGGCCGGGGAGAUGGUGGGCGGCCCGGCGGACGAGGGCGUCGGGGAGGCGGGCAGGAGUCUGCUGGAGUCCCCGGGGCUGACCAGCGGCAGCGACACGACCCAGCAGGAGAACGAACAGAUGAACACGGAGGAGAAGAAGAAGAGGAAGCAGCGCAGGAACCGCACCACGUUCAACAGCAGCCAGCUGCAGGCGCUGGAGCGAGUGUUCGAGAGGACGCACUACCCGGACGCCUUCGUCAGGGAGGACCUGGCCCGCCGGGUCAACCUCACCGAGGCCCGAGUCCAGGUCUGGUUCCAGAACAGAAGAGCUAAGUUCCGCAGGAACGAGCGCGCCAUGCUGGCCAGCAAGAACGCCUCGCUGCUCAAGUCCUACUCCGGGGACGUGACGGCGGUGGAGCAGCCGAUCGUGCCGCGCCCCGCGCCGCGCCCCAACGACUACCUGUCCUGGGGCAGCGCCGCCCCCUACAGCUGGUAUCCGAUGCCGGAGGCGGGGCCAGUGCGAGUACCACAGAAAAUGCUGCCCUCAGAGAACAACGCCAUGGCAACGUACCCGCCCACCUGCUCCAACACCAACGCGUCCCAGGGCAUGAACAUGGCCAACAGCAUCGCCAACCUGCGGCUCAAAGCCAAGGAAUACAGCCUGAACCAGGUGCCCACGGUCAACUGAGAGGAGGAGGAGGGGGAGGGGAGGGGCUUGAACAGGAUGGGGGAGUCGGACACACCCCCCCCCCCCCCCCCCCCCCCGGUCUCCGGCCCCCUGGCGACGCACGACGACUACACCUAUAAUAUACAAAAUGGAGGACGGGAAGUUUCUUUUUCCUCCGUCCUGAGCGUCAGUGAACUCUCUGUACACGAAGGCGUCUAGGUCGGAUGUUGUAGUCGAAUAUCUGCAUAGUUUAACAUUUGUGAUUGUGACUCGGAGUCGGAGGGCGGCGAGUUUUUCUUCUUUCCGUCGUCGCGACGGAGACGACGUGGAUUUCACUUUGUGGCUGUGGAGACGGAUACAAUCACACAGCAAAACUGGGAUCAACUCCUCUUAUGUUUUCAUUUUUUACAUUUUCCUUUUAAAAUCGACAGCAGAACGACAAGAACUUCCUCUGACAUUUAUGCAAAACGUUUUUUGAAACAUACUUUUGUUUUUUUUCCUCCACAUUUCUGUCCAUGUUAUACCACUGACGAGCAAAACAUGUUCAUAUAAUAGUCCAGUAUAAAGGAGAAGCCUCGUGUAUUUUCUGAAUCCAAAACCAGUAGAUUCUCCUUAUGUUCUCCUUAUGAUUUAUCCUUUUAUCUGUAACAGAAUUAAAAACUUGUAUAUUAAUAAAAAACAAUGCAUUCUGAA